GCACUCAUCUGUCAUUCCAAUAUGAUAAAAAACUGUUUAAAUUUAAUAUGUAGUUUGUUUUGAAUGUAAUAUUUUUUCUGUGAUUAUUUUCAUGGAAUUUAUUUGUAAUUUUGAUUCAAACAAUAAAUGAAACGAUUCAACUUAAAGUAUGAUUUCUACUUAAAACAAGAUAUUUGUGUAGAUAUUUCAAGUUCUAUUAGUUCCAGUCGGUUUCCCGUGUUUUUAAAUAAGUUAGUUAAACAAGAAAUAUGGCUGAAGGAAUAUGGAAAUUACAAGGUUUAUUGGAUGAUACUGAGUUUGUGAUAAAUAAAAUGAUGUUUAAAAUUGGGAGGCACUCUGCAGCUGAUAUUAAAACAGAAAGUACUCUAAUUUCUAGAGAACAUGCAGUUAUUUCAACGUCAGCAAAUGGAAUGCUUCAUUUGAAAGAUUGCAAGAGUUUAAAUGGAACAUUCAUUAACAAUGUAAGAAUCACACCUUUUAAUGAGCAUCCAUUGAAAGAAGGCGAUGUUAUUGUUUUUGGUAUUACUGAAACACUUUUAAAUGAUCCAGAAUUCAAUGGACCGAAGCUGAAAUAUAAGGUUGUUAAAAUUGGGAAAGACGAAGAUCCUAAAUCAGAUAAAAAAGAUGUGGACAUAACUGAUAUUAGUACAAACCAUAUAAAACAAGAAAAUAAAUUAUAUACUACUAUAGAUGAUUAUGUAAUAAUAUCUGAUGAAGAAGAGGAUAAUUUCAAUUGCAGCCAAAUAUUUCAUAUUUCUCAACAAAUUAAUAAAGUGUCUGAGGUACAAGAUGAAGAUCAAGAUCCUUAUAGAAAUAUUAAGGAAGAAUUAAAGGAAUUUGAUUAUUGUGAUAUAAUUCCUGCUGUGGAUUUAACUGAAGAAAAUGACCAUUUUGAUAGUACUAGUGAAUUACUUAAAGUUUUGGAAAAUGAAACUACUACCGCAGGCGCACAAAAAUUAAUUGAUAUUUUAGAUGAUACCCUUGUUCCUGAACAUAUUAAUGAAAAUUGUUCAAAGUCUGAAAAUGAUAUAAAAAACUCAAACUCCACUUCUGUUAUGAUUCUAGAUGAAGUAAAUCUAAAUAUAUCUUCCUCUACUAAGUCUCAAAAAGAAAACAGCAAAAAUUCAGAAUCUGUUCUUGCAACUGUCACUAUAGGAGAUAACAAUUCUAUAUCCUUAACUUCAAAAAAGGAGAGAAAAAGUAGAAACAAAUCAUCUAGUUUUGAAAAAUCUCCUUUAAAAAAAGUAGAUAUAGAAUCUAAUUUGAAAAUCACGAAAAAAUCUCCUAAGAAAUCACAUUCAGUACAAAAUCUUGAAGCAGUUCGAACACCAAAUUCAAACUCUGUGAAUCAUGUAAAAUCCCCCAGAAUUGAUGUACAUUUAGAAGGAGAAUCAAUAAGUCAUGGUAAACACUAUAAACCGACCACAAAACGAAAAACUUUGGACAAUAAGUCCCCAAUGCCGCCAAAAAAAUCAAGACGAGGCGGUUCAAUGGAGACAAUACAUAUUGAUGCAAAUUUAAAGGUUAAAAACCAAGAAGAACGAAGAAAAAAAUUGAAAGAAAUUGCUAAUAAAUCAGUUCAGCCGAAGCCUCCAGUCAGUACUAAACUUCAGAAAGAUCCAAGAUUACAAAAAUCAACAGAACAAAACUUGACUCGAUCUAAAAAUGAGAAAAUUCAAGACGGCACUGUAUCUAGUAAUCUAAACAAUGAUAAUGAAGUUCAGUGGAUAGGCCCGUAUAAUGAACCAGCUCACUGUUCAAAAUCUAUUCCAGAUUCUACUGUUAAAGAGGACAAAUCCAGCUUGAUCUGGAAAAUAUCAAAUGUUCGUCGAGUACACGAAACUUAUAAAAAACAGCAAGAAUUAAAUGAUGAAAUUAUUUUUAGAAUACUCUCAUGGAAUGCUAACUGGUUGUUGGAACAGCAACAACUUGAUAUUAGUCCUCCUGUUUAUGGCAAUAUGCCCCUUGUGAAAAUUCCUUCUAAUUUUGAUAAUUAUAAUACUUAUUAUUCAGUUAUGUGUCCAUUACUUAUGUUAGAAUUAUGGCAGUUUGUGUUUCAGACUACUUUCAACAAAGAGGAGGAGAGAGCUCCUGUGAUUGUUGAGAUGUUACAUGAAAGAGUAAUAGAUUCCACAUGUAGUUUCGAUUGUGUAUAUAAAAUACCCACUAAAAAUGUAGGAGCAAUGCCUAUUAAGCAAGAUGAUCUCUGUUUAUUAGAAUUACGUUUAAAAGAUGUUGACAACGUUUAUGGGUUAACUUGUUUCGGAUAUAUUAAAAGUGCUACUAGAUUACAUUCUGAAAACUCCAUUCAGUUCACUGUAGUCGCCAAAAAAUUGAACAAACCCAUAAAACUGAGACAAAUCGUUGUAAAAGUAGUAGCUAAUAUUUCGUGUUUCUUAAGACUCUUUAAAACGUUGAAAACUUUGAAGUACUCACCUUUGUGCCAAUUUGUUAUGAAUCCCAUGCAUUUAUCAUCUUUAAUGCCAAUACAAAGUCGCAGUGUGAGACAUACACCUAUGUUAAAUGCUAUCCAAAAAAGAAUCACUAGCGAAGCAUCAGAAAUGGCUUUGGAGAGAAAACCAGGAUUUUACUUAAUUAAAGGACCACCAGGUACUGGAAAAUCGUCUGUGAUAGUUAGCACGGUUUUGGAGAUACUGUACAAAGCUAAGGGCCAAGGCAUAUCUCCUCAUUUAUUAAUAACAGCUCCUUCGAAUGCAGCUAUUGAUACCUUGAUUUUAAAGUUAAAUAAAGCCAGAUGCGAGCUACCAGAUUGUGAACGAAAAAUGCUUAGAAUUGUAAGAAUAGGACCCGAAUCUAGCAUAAAUGAGUUGGUAAAUCGUUUCACUCUAAAUUUCCAAACACAAAAAACAUUGAUAAUAGAAAAGAACCUUAGAAAAGAGUAUAGCAAAGUUGAAAAACAUGAAGACAUGACAACAUUUUUGAAAAAAACAUUAGGACACCAAUUUUUUUACGAGCAUAAAAUUACAGAAGAAAGAAUAUUACUUGGUGCUAAUUUGAUAUGUACUACUCUUAGCAGUUGUAUGAGUUAUAUUUUGCAACAAACAAGUAAACGUAAUCAACUUAAAUUUACUGCUUGUAUUGUGGAUGAGGCAACACAAUGUACUGAAAUGGAAUGUUUGUUACCCAUUGAAUUAAAUGUUGAGAAAUUUAUUCUUGUCGGAGAUCCACAACAACUGCCAGCUGUCAUUUGUAAUAAAGAAGCUUUACAACACGGUCUAGAUAAAUCAUUAUUUUCAAGAAUGUUUCAUAAUUUUGAAGCAACAGAUGGAAGUAAUAGAGGGAGCUUUCCACUACAAAUACUAUGUGAUCAAUAUCGUAUGAAAAAGGAAAUAUGUGAUUAUCCUAAUAGGACGUUUUACAAUGGGAAAUUGAAUUCUUUUCCGAAAUGCUUCAAUCCCAUACAACCGCAGAUAUUUCCUUAUCUUGUAUUUAAUUUGAAUUAUUCCACUAGUGAUGAUAGGUCAGAUUAUGUCAACCCCAACGAAGUUUACCUUAUCUGUAACAUACUAGAAACCUUGAAUAUAAACAUCAAACCCAAUUGUUCAUAUAGUAUUGGAAUUAUCACACCGUACAGAGCUCAGAAAGAAUUGAUAAUGAAGGGAAUAGCUGAAGCGAUGUUAAAUUCGAAAGUUAGUAUAACGGUGAACACAGUUGAUAGUUUUCAAGGAAUGGAAAAUGACAUAAUCAUUAUAUCUUGUGUAAGAUACAGCUCUAAUUGCUUUUUGGCAAAUGAACAAAGGUUAAAUGUAGCCCUUACUAGAGCUAAACAGGCUCUUUACAUUAUUGGAAACUACAGUUUGUUUAAGCAAUGCCGACCGCUUUACGACCUUAGAGAGGAUGCCAAAAAGCGUAAACUUCUAUUAGACAUAAAGACUAAUCCCCGACACAUGCCAUUACUGCAUAAACAAAUAUUAAUUAACGCAAAUAUUAGUAUUCCAUCGAACUCUUAAGCGUAUUGUGAUUAUAUUAUAUUCUUAUGUGAAUUUGUACAAAUAUCUAAAUAUAAAAUAGUGCCAUAUUAAGUACUACAACCGUAUAGGUCAAUAGUAGAAAAGGGAAACAAGUAUACCACAAUAAGCUGAUUCUACAUGUAAUACAAAAACUACUUUUCUGAAAAUUUAUAUACGAGUUUCGCGAGAAGCUAGUUUCAGUUGAAAUAUUUUCGGAUUUCUGGAUUCCAAUUUUGUUUUCCUUACAUUUUUAGAAUCUACGAUGGAUUUCAAUAUGUUUUAAUGAUUCAGCCUUCACUUAUUAAAAUUCUUUUUAUAACUCUAUAUAAAAAAUGAAAGUUUGCCUAAAUAACACCCAAAUAUUUAUAUAUUUUUGAGAAGGGUUUCAGAUAUAUAGCUGAAUUGGCAUAUCGAAAAUUAUGUAGUAGAUUCUACAAUAAAAUAUAGGAAUGUAGUUGAUGGUAACAGCCCUGUAUCUAAAUUUUACAUUUAUGGAUGAUCUGCAUAGUUUAUUGACAAUUCAGUUUUUCCUUUUGUCCAUUUUUGUAAAUAAGUCUGAUGUCAAUUUAAAUAUCUAUCAUAGUUUCCAUAAAACCCGUUGAAUUUUUUAACAUAGCGCCCAUUGGCAUUGGGGUAAAAGAGGGUUGCAAAUUUUGUUUAUUUAUAAUUCAGCAUUUUCUUUUGUCCAUUUUUGCAAAUAAGUCUAAUGUUAAUUCAAAUAUUUUAUUAUAAUUUCUAUAAGAACCGUUGAAUUUUUUUAACAUAGCACCCAUCCUCAUUGGGUUAAAAGAGGGUUGUCAUUUGUAAAAAGAGAAAUUUCCUGAAAUUAAGAAAACUUCAUGCAUUAUUUUGGCAAAUUCUGAUAAUUUAUAACCUCACAGUUUUUAUUUCUAAAAAAAUUCAUUUUUUGGUGUACGCUGAAUAAUUUGAAACUUGAACCCUUUAGACAAAUAAUCUAUAUUGAAAUUCAUUGUAUAUUCUAACAAUGAAAUGAAUUACCCAAGCAUUUUCUUUAAAAAAUGUACAAAAAAAUAUUAAAAAUAGUUUCUGAUACACAUGUCAACUUAGCUUAUAGUGGAAUACCCUGUACAUAACGUAUGUAUGGUAUAUACAUAACAGUAGAUAUAGAUUGUUUAUCAACUAAUGUUUUUUACAUCACAAAUUUAUUUUUUAAUAAAAAAAAUAAUGAAAACCUAUAGAUAUUUAAUUCUAUUUGAGUGAAUUGUCAUUUUUCUAACUCGUUAUUGUCACUUAUAUAUCCUUUUUUGUUCCUUUAAAUAAUCUCAAAUGUUUGUAUAAUUUAUCCUAAGUCAAGUAAAAUUGGACAUGAAUACCGUUUAUUUGUUAUACUAAAUUCAGUUAACUAUAGUCUAGUCAACAAGUGCUUUUUAGGUCAAAACUUUUUUGCUGGCUCCCAAAAAUAUGGUUGAGGUAUCAUUCGUUUUGUUUAACUACUAAAAAGGGGGUUUAGUUUUUUGCUUAUAUCUCAAAACCUAUUUAAGAUAUUCUAAAUCUGAAAAAAAUUAGGAACUUCAGGAUAGAUCAAUAAAUAAUAAUCCAACAGUAAAAAAUUUUAUCGCGAUUUUUCAAUAAGUUAUGUAUUUGUUUGUUAAUUUAUAAUUUCAUGUAGCUUGUAUAUUAAUACUGUAAGUGAGAUAAUUGUUAAACUACAAACCUCAAGUUUUUUUGAAGGCUUUAGAACAUAUUGCCUUAGAUAGAAUAAAUAAAUUGUCAAUCCUCACAUUUUUAUUAACAAUUUACGUUUGUGGCAAAUUAAAAAAUUAAAUAAAUCAUUGAGAACAUUAUUUUAUAAUACUAUCAUUAAUUCGUUUUUUUAUCAAUGAAAGGUAUCUAAAAAUGAUUUUUUAAAAUCAUGCAUUCAAAAUAUGAUUUUCUAAAAAAUCAAUCCUUUUAAAAUUUUUUUGCUUAAAAAAGGAUUUUUCAGUUAACAAAUUGUUUCGACUACUUGUAUUUAAUAUCAAGGAACCAUGUUUUUAAGCCAUAAUUUAUUUUGUUUUUGGGUAACUAAAAAGAAUCGAUUAUAUUUAAUCUCCUUUGUUAAAUAAACAUUUGUUACACACUAAAAAUUUUUAAAUCCAUUUUUGAUUUUAUAUACAACAAUAAAAACAACCACGUUUUUCUUUAUCAUAAAAAAACUUUAUUUCUUCUGUACUCUAUCAGUCCCUCUUGGUUAUUUAUGUUUUAACUCAUCAUAUCUUAUAAACAAAUUGAGAUUCAAUGAAAGAUGCUAAGAGAGUUUGUUGGGAUUGGUCCAUUGCAAUUGUACCAAAGAAUGUUCCAUUUUUUAGGAGCCGACGAAAAAGUUUUGACCUAAUAAACACUUGUUGAUUAAACUACUACCACUGUAUCAACAUUCAUAAUAAUAAAUUGUCUGACACUUGUUUCAAUAACUAAAGACUGAAAGUAGACUAUUUCUGGUAGUAAAUGGUACGUUUAAUAUGAAUUCUAACUGGUUUAUCUGAUUUUUUCGAACCCUCUCUAAACUAACUUUUAAUUCACAGUAUUAUCUGGAAAUGUAACAUUUUCGAUUUUUUUUAUUUAAUGAAAAAACUGGUAGUUUAAUUCGAUAUGAGUUUCAAAAUAUUCGUUUUUUUUUAAUUGAAGAACUUUUUUUUAAAAAUGAUUCUUAAAAUAUAUAUCGUCGGCUUGGGGGUACAAAGCAUUAAGUAACAAAAUCAAGUUUUUUCAGGAGAGAAAAAAUAACGGUAAUAUGCUUAUUAAAAACAAACAAUUGAUACAUCAUAAGUUGGUGCUAGUGAAAUAAAAUAUUAUUUUCAUAAAUUAUAUAUUUAAUACAUUUUCUAAUUUGUUCAUAGAAAUAAGUAUUUAAAAAAUUAAUAAACUAUCUCUUCCUCACUCUAGUAACAGAUAAGUAUAGAAUUAAAAAAAAAAGAAAAAAUACAAAGAAAUGAGAAACUUGGCACUCAUAGGCAAUCUGAAGGCUAGGUCUUAUUGUAGGUUUUUGUACUAAGUAUUGAAAUAUGGAGUCGAGUUUUCAUCGCGAUAGAGCGUAAAAUAACACAACCACACAAACAAAUUAAUGAACUCAAUUAAUUUCAACGAUUUUGUAAAAAUAUGCUUUAAUGAUUCCGCCUUCAGUUACUAAAGUUCUUUUUAUUAUUCUUUACAAAAAAACUACCUGAAAGUUUUCCUGAAUAACACCUAAAUAUUCAGAUAUUUAGAUAGUGCAUGAAAUAAUACAACCGCUCGAAUCCUACUGACUGCGCCAAUUAUAUAUUUAACUUUAAAUAAUUUAUUUUUAAAAACUUUUUUCACAAAACACACAUAUUUUAAUUUAACAAAUGAAUGAACUCAAUUAUUUUCAACGAUUUGAAUUAACAAAAUUUAUUGAAAUGAUAUUUACAAUAUUUCUAUUUAUAUUAAAAUUUUGCUGAACAAUAUAUUUUUACGUUUUAAUUUUUAAAGUCAUCUGGAUUUUUCUAAAUAUAACUCAUAAUCUUUUUAUUGACAGAGAAAAAUGUUUCACAAAUAUUUCAUAACAAAUAUGAAAUAAAACAUUCUAAUACACAAAAAAUAUAGGUUAAAAUUAAUUGAGUCUGUUUACUCUUCAUUGCUGCUAUCAGCAACACAAAGCUGUGGAGAUCUUUCAUCUGAAGUUUCUAGAGAAGGUAUUUUUCUAUACCACUAUCAGCUGCUGGACUUCUAUUGUAAUGAUUCCUUUGGUACAAAGUUGGAACAAGUCUUUUUUGCAUUAUUUAAUUGUAAUUGGGCACUAUAGUUAGGGACGAGAGCUGAAAAGUAAUUGUCAUAACUUCGUGGUCUUUCACGAAUCGAUUAGCUAUCUGUAUACUUUAGCUCAAAGCACUUUAUUCAUUUUCCUUUCUAUAGUGGAAUGCAUGGAAUCAUACAGGAGUUGCUGGAUUCUAGAAAUUUAUAUCCAAUUAGCUUUAAAUGGUUUUACUUUGUAUAGGUAUGAAGAACAGUUGAUAUCCUGAGUAGGUGCCGGAUAAUAUUUCUCUUAUUCUAGGGAAUAUCAUGGAUAGAAAUUUAUAGCCUCUUCUUACAUUUAUUUCAUUUCUUUCUGCUUUCUUUGUUGCUGCAUUACUUUUCGCAAAUCAAAUGUAAAGAUUUGUAAGCUGCUAUCAGAUUCUCUUCGCUGUUACUUUUGACUUGCUGGCAAUCUGUUUUUCUUUUAAAAAAAAAUAAAAUAAAAAGGCUGAUCGAUGAAAAUUCGUCAAAUCUUCUAACCUAUACAAAUCAUUCAGUAACUAUGAUGAACUUCACCUUUGAUAAAUUUUCUCAGAUAGUUGAAUGAAUUUUCUAAUUAUAUUCAUUUGGAGACUUUCUAUACUUACGGAAAAUGAUAAUGACAACACACAACGACUUUUUUCUAGAAUUUGGAAAAAAUUAUACUUAGUCACUUUUACCUUUAAGCUGACGAUAUAGAAGAGUUCAAAGUGAACAUUGAAAUAUUUUGAUAUUUUUGAAGAUCUUAAGAAAUGUAUAUUAGUUGCUGCUUUUAAAUAAUUUUCUAUAGUUUUCAUAUGUGAUAUAUAGUAAAUCCAUUAAAUACCUAUAAAAAAUAGGUCUAAAUUCAGUGUUCACAAUUUAUUAUGGAAUUUCACUAUAUUACAUAGUAUGAUCUCUGAACAAUUUCAUGGGAAAAUUUAUCGUUAUUGUGAAAUAAUUUUUUUGUUUGAAAUAAUAAAAAUUUUGAAAUU